AUGGAUCGGCGCAGUGGGAGCAAGCGCAAGGAGGCUAGGACUGCCGCUGGCUCUAGCUCCAGCGGCGGCGACCGCAUCACGGCGCUGCCGCUCGAGCUCCGCGCGCAGAUCGCCUCCCUGCUCUCGUUCGACGAGACCGUGCAGCUGACGGUGCUGUCCCGGGCGUGGCGCCACAUCCACCUCCACACGCCCGUCGUCAAGAUCUACCUCCACGCGUUCCUCUCCUUCCGGGACAUCUACUUCGACGAGGCGCAGUCCGUCCGCGGCCUUCUGGACGAGGACUCGAUCCUGGCCGUCCGCGUCGCGCUCGGCCGCCGCGCGCUCGAGGCGUCCUCGUCCAAGGUUGACACCCUCAGGCUCGUCUCCGACAUCGACGACCGCCGCAUGAGGCGCCACGCCCCCCGCAUCGUCGCGCUCGCCGACGCGCGCGUGAUCCGCUUCCUGUCACCCUUCGCCGCCAGCGAUGCCGACGCGCGGAACGCGUGGUCGCUCGACCUGCCCCCCGCGGCGCGCGAGCUGGAAGUCAUCACGAGGAGCCACCUCGCGCCCGCCAUCGCCGGGCCAGGCGCCGCCUCCCUGCGGAAGCUCCGCCUCGACUACGCGGUGCUCAGCGAGUGGCCGCGCCUCCCGUCCCUGGUCUCCCUGGACCUCAACAGCGUCACCGUGGAAGCCCCGUUCGCGCCGGGCGCUUGGUGUCCGCUUCUCGACGAGCUGGACCUGUUCUGCUGCAAGAUCAGACAAGCCCGCGUCGACAUCCGCCUGCCGCGGCUCAGGUUCCUUGACAUGGACUCUGUCGACGUCGCACCGCACCGUCGAGACACCGAGGCGCCGUACGGAGUCAUCACCAUCGACGCCCCGGAGCUGAUACAGUUCGAAAUUGACUGUGCGGCUGGAGGCACCACGGACUACAAGUCAUUCACGCUGCGGGCGCCGAGGCUGCGCCUCUUGGGCUGGCGCAACCAGUACUCUGAGCGCAUGGUCAUUGACGUCGGCAGGCCGGGCAGCGUCAAGUUCGGGGGAAUCACGUUGAAGUCGAUCUACUCACGCGGCAUGAUGUAUUACAGGGAGCAGAUGAUGCGAAUGCUGCAGGGGCUACUCCCCAACAUCCUACCGGAAAACCUCGACGACGUUGCAAAGCCUUAUUUGACGCUGGGAGACUGGUCUGACAGCGAUGACGACGACGAACCCAAGCACGAGAAUGAGAAGCAGCUCACCUGUGACCUCAAAGGCCUCGUCAUGUCUCAUGGUAUGUGA